AUGUGUCUUUAUUGUGCCGCUGGUAAAAUUCUCGUAACACAAUCUGAAAGAAUACACCGUGCUACUUAUGAAUAUGCAUGGUACAAUAUAGAACCGAGAGCAGCAAAGAAAUUAAUGCUAAUUAUGCUUUGCUCGAAAAAAUCACUGCAUAUUACGGCUGGAAAAACAUUUCCCAUGACGAUGGCAACAUUAUGCAAUUUGAUGAAAACAUCAGCAGGUUAUGUAUCUGUUUUACUUGCCAAUCAAAAUUGA